CACACAACUGUAAUUGAUAUUAAAUGAAAUAUCACCAGUUGUUGAUGCAGUUAUUAUUAAACUUAUACAUCCAUGUGAUGUAAUGAAGUUCCUUGUUAAGCGUCCUUGACAAAUACAUGUUUUAAUGCUUUGUUAAUCUUGUCUAAAUGUUGUCAAAAUUACAUUAAAUUUACACUGUAAUAAAUACUUAUUUCUUCAAGGGAUGCCAAACGAAACGCCUGCCAAACUAGAAUGCAAGUUUCAGGGACGUUACAUUAACCCAAACUUACCAGUAAUGUGUACCUGUCAAAUGCAAAAGCAGUGCCCAGAAGUCAACGGCAGAAUAAAAGGGACUGGAGGUUCAGGAUGUAUUUACCUAAAGUUUACAAUCAGCGAGGCGAAGACGCCACACCAAUUGUCUGCAUUGUACCUGGCGGAGAUUCUGAAGACCAGACUAGAAAAUCGGCAGAUUGUACUGAAGGAUGAGUCAGACCAACCUCUUGUACUGAAGCAUUCACCGAGAGUGAUGAUACCAACAGAGAAUCCGACAGAUAAACCAACAAUACGUUUAAGUAGAGGGCACUACCGAUUUACUGAAGGAAAAGUGGCCAUUUUGAAAUGUGUUGUGGUCGCCACAGCGGAAACCGAAUAUAUCAAGUGGGUCAGGGUAAAGGAUGGAAAAUCUCACGCUAUUUGCAUUGACAACGAAAAGUACUUUGGCGGGUUACCAAAAUCUCCAUCACUUGCUAUCGGUGAUGUAGUGAAAAGUGACGGAGGAACAUAUUUCUGUAGGGCGAGGAAUAGAGCAGGUGAAGUGGAAAGUGACGUAGCCUUCGUCGAAAUCAAUAGUAUUGGUGAUUUAAGAACCAGGAAUGAUGAUGUCAGUACUGUGAUAAAGGAUAUCGGUGCUGUAAUUGAGGAUGCCGGUCCAAUGAAGGAGGAUGUCGAUGUUGCCAAGUUCACAAAAGCUGUCCAACAAGGAAAGUUUGAAGACAUAGGAAAACUAUUACAAAACAGAGAUUUUGAGUUGGAACCAUUUUUAGUGAACCCACUGCUUAUUGUAGCAGUCUUUGGUUCACCCGAAGUCGUUGAAUAUAUAGAGAAGUGUAGUUCAAUUGAAUGCGACUGGAAUGACAAUCUAGAAAUCCGAUCAGGGGUGUGUGACAGCUUGUUGGAUGAAAUGAAAGAUAGAAAAGCUACACCGUUGUUUGUUGCAACAUUUUUGGAAAAUACUGCAACCGUUAAGUCUCUGGUGAAGUAUUCAGACAAAAGGAAUAUUGCAUAUUGUAUGAAGAAUCUACAUCUCAACAAAUCCAUGGAAAAAGUCUACAUGACCGAGUUUGGAGAGCGACUGAAAAUUAAAUAUUCACGGCUUAAACCUGCAGUGGUACCUGGUCAUCAGAAGAAGACUGACGGUACAUGGGGUAGAGUAUUUGUAAUCUACUCUCGAGAUGUACUGCGACCUGAUGAUCACGUACAGGAAGGGAUAGGAUUGGUGAUGUUGCGAAACCCUUACGAAGUGAACAAAGAAGAUUUGAUAGUGUCAAACAGCCAGAAACCAAAUAGAUCAAUUUCUGAACAAGACAACGAAAGGGCAAAACAAGCGAUUCAAUUAUAUAGCAAGAAAUUGUGGUGUAACCACAUCAACCUCAAUAUCAUCCGUGUUUCCUCCGUGCGGUCUUGUAAGGGAAACAUAGUGGAGCCUGAAGUGUGUGUUGUCCUGUGUUGCAUUACAAAAGGGGUUGUGCCUCUUGGAGAAAAAGAAUUUCCUACCAGACUUGCCAUAAGUGAAGACGAUUUCAUUUACACUGAUGUCCGCGAAGGUAUUUUUACGUACGGUGGAUAUGAUACAAGACCGAGUACUUUUCGUCAUGAUUAUCUUAAAAUGGGGUGUGACAUAAGUUCCAUAUCUGAACAAAAUUUUGGUGGAACAAUUGGUCCGUUUGUGAAUUACGAGGGUAACUUGUCUUUUCUGACAUGCGCUCAUGUGCUGUUUGAUGUCGGACAACAACACGACGUUGACUUCACCGAUGAUGGAAUCCGUAAAAUCAAUGUCGUGCAGCCCGGUAUGUCUUCUUCCGUUCCAAGCGGUGACCCAUGUGGAUUUGUGAAGAGGGCAAUUUUUGACCCAAGUUUGGAUCCCAGCAUUGAUGUUGCCGUUGUAACUAUAUCUGACCCAGCUAGGAUACCGAAAAGAGGAAGAUUUGCAAAUGAUCACAGUUACAAGCUUGCAAGAUCAGGUUUUAUGGAGUUACCAGAAUAUAACACUGGUUCGAUAGACUUUGAUGCACGAAUCUCUUUAAGCUCUCCAGUUUUCAAAUUCGGAAGCAGAACCCACCUGACACGGGGUGUACUGGUUCAUUUUGGUAUAGAAGUGCGGCCUCUGUCUUGUACUAUGCAGACUUCCUCAAAAGCAGGUAAUGUUUGGAUAAAAAAUCAGUAUGAGGUAUUAGGAUUAGAAGGACAAUCCUUUUUCGAGCCAGGUGACUCCGGAGCAGCAGUGUUUUCACACUCUCCUUUUGACAGGUCUUUAUGCUGCAUCGGUAUAGCGAUAGGUUCAUUGUCUAAUGGAUCUGCCAUUGUCACGCCAAUAGGGGCGGUGUUAAAAGCACUCGGGGAACAUCAUUGCGAAAUGGCAUCGUUUCCGUAAUAUUUUAAGUGGCUGACUGGACAGUUGGAUCAAUAAAUAUUGUAUAAACGGAAGAUAAAGGAGCAGUGGGAUAGGACCAACAAGGACAACUGAUGUAAUUUAUUUAAACGUUCUUUUUCAGCGGUAUGAUAAAGGACUUUACCACAAAUUUGACAACAUUAUUUUCAAAGAAAGUUAUUAAUCAUGUAGACAGAAUAGUGGAUCCGAUCAGGGAACAAAUAUAUAUAUGUUUAGAUAAGAAAAACUGAAAUAUUAACAAAUCCGUAGUUCUUAUUCAAAUCAGGUAACCUUUGGCAAAAUAUGAAUAUUAACAUUUGGCCUGGAGCAUUUUUUGGCGAAGGGGACUCAAUUUUGUAUAAACAGAGGGUAUGACCCGUCUGGUAGCAGAGGGGCGGGGCACAAUAGGGGAAUUUAAGUUGUAAACCUUAAAAAUCCUUCUACUGUACCAAUGUACAAUAAAUGUAAGGGUUUUAUUCAAAUUUGGCUAGGAGCAUCCUUGGUCAAUGGGGACUCAAUUUUGUAUAAACAGAGGGUGCGGAGGGCCAGGGCGCCGUAGGGGAAUAUCCCGUUAAAACCUUUAGAAUCCUUCUUCUGUACCAUUGUUAGAUUUUCAUCUAAAUUUGACUUGGAUAAUCCUUGGGCAAGGGAGAUUCAAUUUUGUUUUAACGGAGGAUGUGGCCUCCCUGGGUGCAAAGGGGCAGGGUCCAAUAAUGAAAAUUGUGGAAAAUCUUUAAAAUCCUUCUUCUUAUGUACCAUUGGAGAAAUUUUAUCAAUAUUUGGUCCAGAACAUCCUUGGGCAAGGAUGGCCCUGUCUUGUUUGAAGGGAGAGCGUGGCCCUCCUAGAGGCAGAAGGGCUAAGCUUAAUAGGGAGAACAUAUAAAUAAAUGAUUAUAAUCCUAUUCCUUUAGUAUGAUUUAAGGGAUUUAGAUCAAAUUUUGUGCAGAGUAUCAUAUGGCAUAGGGGACUCAUUUUUGUAUAAAAGAGUGUUGACCACCUUUUUAAAGAAAGGCAUGGCAAAUAAGGGAAUUUGAGGUUAUUCUACAAAAAUCCUUCUUCCCCAAUAUGAUUGCAGUUACUUUAAAUGAAUUUGGUCCAGAGCAUCAUUUGGUAGAUGGACUCUGACUUGUAACAGAGACCGUGGUCCCCCUGGUAGCAAAGAGGAAGGGCUCAGUAGUUACAAUGGUAGUCUUUAUUUUAUACUCAUUUUUUUUAAACAAAAUGCAACUAAUAAAAUAAACAAAUAAACUACUUUUUUAGCAUGCACAAUUUUACAUAAUCAUGAAGAUUUGAUUAUCAUUGUUUAUUAUGGAAAUACCAAUAAAUGUUCUGUUUUUUGUAUUAUACCAAAACACUUCAUG